GCUGUCGCUCAGAAGUUUAAUGACGCUGCGCGACCGAGGUUAAAAGAACGCACUUAACUUGUGGCAAGAUUUUUAUCGUCUCGAUACAUUUGGCGUGCCAUCCUCUUGGGGUGUAAAAGCUCUCAUCAUGUUCGACAUAUGAACAAGCCGACCCUCCCCUUAGAAAACCUGACUAAAAACAAUCCGUCGGACUGGCUCCUGUCACCUCUCCAGCUGCUCGGCUUGUGGGUCCUCUGUGCCUUACAAAUUCUAGAUAACGGAGGUCGAUCAUUGCAUUCCUCUGAUCUCAGUUGUCUCCAUUAACCAGCGGAGGGUGAUGAGGUUGAUGGGCAGCCUGCUGUUGGUUCUGCUCUGGGCUUUCACCUCCAGGGCCACAGGCCUCAGCAUUCCUCUGGAAGUGGAGCAGCCUCCAACCAUAAUAAGUCACACAACAAGUCCUGUUAUUGCGCUUCCUUUCGACAACACCAUUACUAUCAGAUGUGAAGCAACUGGGAACCCACCACCAAUAUACAGAUGGACAAAGGAUGGCCAAGACUUAAUCUUGCCGAACAUCACAACAAUCAGAGCAGACCACACAGAUGGAACUUUGAUGUUUCACAACAAGCACUUCCUCCAGUUCCAGGGUAUAUACAGAUGCUUAGCUUCCAACAAGUUAGGAACUGCCAUGACGGGGGAUAUCAAGAUCAUAGUUUCAACUCCUCCAAAGUUUCCAAAGGAAGCACUUGAUCCAGUUGUUGUUGAGCAGGGGGAACCAAUCAUCCUGGAGUGUAACCCUCCACAAGGUGUCCCCCCUCGUCAGAUCUACUGGAUGAGCAUUGGUCUCCGGCACAUCGAGCAGGAUGAGAGAGUUUCCAUGGGAACCAAUGGCAACCUGUACUUCUCCUAUGCCUUACACAAAGACAGUCGUGAAGACUACUGUUGCUUUGCUGCCUUCCACAAAAUUCGCACCAUUGUCCAGAAAAGCGCCAUGGCUGUCGUGGUUAAGAGCUACAAUGAUUCCUCUGAAAGCGGCGAAGCGAGUGAGUCCGGAGGCCCCCCAGUGAGAGCACCUAGCCUGCUGCUGCCCUCUGGUGUCCAGUCAGCAAAGGUUUUGUUGAAAGGAGAAGAUCUGCAGCUCGAGUGCAUACCAGGAGGAUUUCCCACUCCCAGCGUGACGUGGAUGAAAAUGGGCGACAGUCUGUCUGAUCGGGUGAAACUGAGCAAUUUCCAAAAGCUGCUUUCCAUACCUUCUGUAGACGAGAAGGAUCAGGGAAAAUACAUGUGCACAGCUGAAAACUCUGCUGGAAAGGCCGUCCACUACUUUGACGUAAUAGUGCGAGAGCCGCCGACGUGGCUGGCGGAGCCUCCGCCGACCCAGCUGACUGUGAUCACCUCCGACGUUCACAUAAAGUGCUCGGUUAGAGGAAGACCACCGCCAGACAUAACGUGGAGGAGGAAUGGAGAACUAUUUAGAGACGACCCAGAGACCAACAGGCGAGUGCUUGAUGAUACUUUGGUGAUUCAUAAUGCCAGACCAGAGGACAGCGGCGUCUACCAGUGCGAGGCCUCCAACAGUCAUGGCAGCAUUCUGGCCAACGUCAACGUCAUGGUCAUGAACUUGGCUCCUUUCAUACUGACGAAGGACUUCCAAGAGUACGCUGUGAUCCUGGGAGGGGACGUCGUCAUGAACUGCAGCGUUUUCAGCUCUCCACCAUCCAGCAUCUCUUGGAACAAAAAUGGGACAGACAUCGAAGGGGGACGGGUUGUUGGCCUGGAAAACAGACAAUCAUUGAAAAUAAUCAGCACAGAAAAGGAUGACAGUGGGAGAUAUGUUUGCGUGGCCAAAAACACCGAGGGCACGUCAUCCGUCACUGCUGUCCUGGAUGUGAAAGAUCCCACAAAAAUAGUAAGCCCCCCUCAGGAUGUGCAGAUCGUCAGUGGCACCUCGACUCAGUUGAUGUGCGUGGCGGAGUAUGAUAAGAGUCUGCAGGACACUUUUGAGGUGGUGUGGAGGAAGAAUGGGGAAGAGAUAUCACUCACCCCUGAGGAAAAUUCCAGAUACAUAAUGGAAGGCGACAUGCUGCAGAUCAUGAACGUGAACCUGGAUGACCAGGGAAUGUAUACAUGCGUUGCUAAAACAAGUCUAGAUGAGGACAAUGCUUCUGCGCUAAUAACAGUGCUGGAUGUUCCUGAUGCUCCAACGAGAUUAAAGAUAUCUGAAGUUAAGAAUCCAAGAAACAUUACACUGUCUUGGGAACCAGGGAGUGAUCACAACAGCUCUGUAACAGAAUUUGUAGUGGAGUAUGAGGAGACUCAAUGGGAGCCCGGCAGGUGGAAGGAGCUCCAGAAAGUUCCUGGUAACCAGGCAACAGCUGAGCCGGCGCUCCACGGACACCUUAACUAUCAGUUUAGAGUUUACGCCGUUAACGCCGUCGGACCUGGACCCCCCAGUGAGCCAACUGAGAGAUACAAAACACCUUCUGCUGCACCUGACAGAAACCCAGAAAACAUCAAAAUUGAAGGACAUCUUCCUCAUCAGAUGGAUGUAAGCUGGGAGCCACUGCGGUCCAUUGAAUGCAACGGACCGGGCCUUGAAUACAAGUUGAGCUACCGCAAACUGGGGGUGGAAGACAUGUGGGAGGAGCAGCUUGUGAGAAGACCCUCGUUUGUUGUGAGGAACACAAGCACUUUUGUCCCCUACGAGAUCAGAGUUCAGAGCAGGAACAGCCUCGGGUGGGGUCCAGAACCUAAAACUGUUACAGGUUACUCUGGUGAAGAUGUUGUCUUUUGGCACUGUCUGCGGGAAAAUGUGUCAGUUCCCACUGCGGCACCGCGGGACAUAGGAGUGGAGGUGGUCAACACCACAGUUCUGAGAGUUAGCUGGACCCCGGUUCCUCCUGCCACUGUGCGAGGUCAUCUCGGUGGCUAUAAUGUUCACUGGGUAAAAAGGAAAAGUCUUCUGAAUCCAGGGAAGACUUUUAAUGUCCACAAUUACAUGUCUUUUCCCGGAAAAAGGAGUCACGCUAUUGUGCCAGGGCUUGAACCUUUCUCAGAGUACAAACUCACCGUCAACGUGUUUAACAAGAAAGGAAAUGGGCCCAGGAGCGAUCCUGUCACCUUCAGCACCCCAGAGGGAGUUCCAGGGUUAGUGCCUAUCCUAACCGCCUCCAACAGUCAUGCUGACUCCGUUCUUCUGGUAUGGGGACCACCGCUGGAGGCAAAUGGCGUCCUGUCCGGUUAUCUCCUGCGGUACCACCUCCUAAAUGAGACUUCACUUGAGGUGAUUGAUUCCCGGGAGAUGAACAUCACGGAGGCUGACAUCACCCAGUGGCACCUUAGGGGACUGGAGGGAGACAGUCUCUACCGCUUUCACCUCAGUGCCUGCACUCGAGCGGGUUGUGGACCUCCAAUGGCCCAGGAGAGCAGGACUGUAGCGGCAGCAGACCUCAACAGCUUUCUAUCUGUUCCCAGCUCUAUCCCGAGCAAUUCUACUCAUCCUCCUUUAGUUCCAGCCCUGUUGAACAUAAGCUCCUAUGUGAGUGACACCUAUGCCAAAAUCAGCUGGACUGCCGCAGAGGAGCAUGGGGACUCGCAGCUUUAUGUGGCUUAUAUGAAUAACCGUGAUGGUAUCUGGUACUUCUCAGAGGCUGUAAACACCUCUCAGAGUUUCCACGUAAUUGAUGGGCUCAAACCCGGGACGCUGUACACCGUACGCCUCAUGGCCAAGAAACUACUUGAUAAUGCUAGCAUAUUUGAGGACGUUAUCGAGACACGAGUCAAAGGUGUGGCAAAUCCAUCAAGAGACUUUUCAACUGAGCGCUGGUUCAUUGGGACCAUGUGUGCUGUGGCACUGCUCACCCUUGUUGCACUCGUGGCCUGCUUUCUACGGAAAAACAAAGGUGGCAAAUAUGCAGGUACGCUGCCACCCCAGCAACUAGACAUGUUCUCCAUGGAAAAAGUGAAAGAGAAGGAGGAUGUCAACCCUGACACCGAGUCACAAGAAAUGAAUGACGACGCCUUCUAUGAAUACAGUGACAGCGAUAAAAAGCCACUGAGGGGCAGCAGCUCGUGUUCAGGAGAUGACGCCGUCGGGGACAGCGUCAGCAGAGACAGUCUGGUUGACUAUGCAGACGAAGGAGGAGACUUCAAUGAGGACGGGUCAUUUAUCGGAGAAUAUUCUGAAUUUAAGCACAGGGGCUCGGUUAGUGAAUCCAGUGGACCUGGCCGCAUCACUGCAUGAAGCCAAGCUCGGAUUGGAAAAGCAACCCCGAACCCUUUAAAUAUACGUUUUUAAGAUCCUGCUCAAAAUUACUCGGAUACGAAGAAGGUUUUGAGAUCGGGCAGAAGUUGUUCUCAUGUCCAGCAAAAGUACACAUCACUCAUACAAACAUGAUGAACGCAAGUCUUUGUACACACUGUAAAAUAAUGGACUAUACUGAGAUUCAUAAUGUUAUUAAAAAAAAGUGUUUUUAUACCCAUCUGCUGAGAUCACCGGCACUGUACACCGCAUUUAUAAUGUAACAAAAAACUACAGAUCAAAAAUGUAUUGCCAUAAGGUAAAAACAUAUCAUUUUUUUUUACUUUUUUUUAACACAGUACAAUAUAUGUUCUCAAGAUGCUGCAUUUAUUUAAAGGCAUGUUAAGUGAUUUUUAACACGGAACACUUUUUUGUCACAUUCAGUGAAUAACUCCUCACCAUCCGCUCGGUGCCAUCCUGUGAAUAUAAAGUAUAAUGUCCUAUACUGUUGAUAUGCAAAUGUAUUUGUAAUACUUUUAAUCAAACUGAUGUUUUUAUAUCAAACAUGCCUUGUGUUUACCUUGAUUUUUUUAAAUUAAAAAUAAAUAAAUAAAAACACAGGACAGCGAUGCAAAUGUAAGAAUAUGAACUCAAACAUGAAAACACUUCUAUAUAAAUUUAAAUCUUCCAGUCA